GACAAAACCGUCUUCUCUACACCUCUGGAUAUUUCUCUGUGCCUGUUCUGUUUAAUAUUUCUUUAAAUCUGUUGAUAACCAUCUCUUCAUCUCUGUUUUCAGCUUCUUGCCUGUUUCUUCGACCCAUAGUUUCUGGCUGAGAAAACAUGAGUGGUAAACUGUGGACAGAGGAGCAGUUCAACUGCCCCGUUUGUCUGGACCUCCCCAAUGACCCAGUCACCAUCCCCUGUGGGCACAGCUACUGCAUGGCCUGCAUCAAAGACUACUGGAGCAAGGAUGACCCUAAGGGGAUCUACAGCUGCCCUCAGUGCCGUCAGACCUUCUGCCCUAAACCAAACCUGUCCAGGAACACCAUGCUGGCUGAAGCUGUGGAGCAGCUCCGUAAAGGAAACCUGAAAGGUGAUGUACGUGAUUCUGUCCGGAGUGCCAGAAGUGUUGGUUCUUCAUCCAAAUCCAAAGGGAAGCUGUCCUCUGCGGCCGUGCCGUGUGACAUGUGCAAAGACAAACAACGGGCAGCAGUCAAGAGCUGCCUUGUCUGUAUGAGCUCAUACUGCGAGGCCCACCUGAAGCCCCACCAGACCAAGAAGGCCCUGAAGCAGCAUGAGCUGAUUGCACCUACAGGCAAUCUGUCUGAGAAGAUCUGCACCUCGCACAAGUAUCUGCAGGAGUUCUUCUGUCGACAGUGUAAGGUGUUUAUCUGCUGGCUGUGUACCAGCAACCAGCACAAAGGACAUGAGAGUGUGUCCACAAAGGCUGAACGACUGGAGAAGCAGAAAGUGCUGUCAGAGAUCCAGACAGAGAAUUCACAAAGACUGAAAGACAGAGAACAGGAGCUAAAAGACAUGAAGAAGAUGAUAGACGUUGUACAGCAUUCUGCGGAUAGGGUACAUGACGACACAGAGCAGGUAUUGUCGGAGCUGCUGCGCUCAGUGGAGCGUCUGCAGGACCUGCUUGAGGAGGUGCUGGAUCAGGCCAACAAGGAGAAGUUGGGUCAGGCCCAGGAUGUGGUGGAUAACCUAGAGGCUGAAGUCAAGGAGCUGAAGAGGAGGGAUAUAGAGAUGAAGGACCUGGCCCGUUGUGAAGACCACAUCCACUACCUGCAAACUUAUGAGUCCAUGUGUAGUCCUCUGGAGUCAGGGGACCUGCCCACUGUGCAUGUCAAUCCAGAAGCUUCCUUUGAGCCUCUACGAGACGCCAUAUUGGACCUCAGAGAGCACGUGGAAGACCUGUGUAAUCAGGAGUUGAGCAAAAUCACCAAGCAAGUGAAUGACGUAACUCUGUUCACUCUUGGAGAUGCCAGUCGGGCUGGCCAGAAAGGCGGGAUUUUUAAAUUGUUUUCUGGUCUGGGUUCUCGCAACGCAAACAGCCGAUCACCAGCUCCCACACCCAGUCUGUCCGUCGGAGCAAGGAGUGGAGAGAGACGAGGCCUUGGUUUGGGCCUCAAAAGUCAAGAUGUGAGAAGCAGAGACACACCAAGAGACAGAGGAAUCACAAGCUCACCCAGGCCAAGGGAACGGCAGAGAAGGGAGGAAAGAGAGACAGUGAGGGACACCAACUCAAGGCCAAGUCCAACUCCCAGCCGCAGAGAGUCCCACUCUUUAUGGUCCAGGUCCAGUCAGAGCCAAGCUGUCCCCGCUGCUGUCCCGGCCCAGAGCCCAGUCCCAGUCCUGGUCACCCCAGCCCCUUCUCCAGCCCCGACUCCAGCCCCGACUCCAGCUCCGACUCCGACUCCAGCUCCAGCUCCGACACCGGCACCCGCAUCAGCUGGAGGAUUCAGUCGGAUGGCAUCGAUCAGCAGUAUAUUCCGCUCCCAUCGCCGUGGUACUACCCCGGCCACGCCUGCUAGCCCCCCUGCCAAUACAACUCCAUCUGCUGGACCAAACCCAUGGGGAAUGUCUGCUGUGCCUGAAACACCAACAGAAGUUAACCCUAACCUCUUCUUGGACUCACCCACUCCUGACUCCAUGAAUCACGCCCCUGCUUUUCCUGCAUUGAGAGAAAUUAACAUUGACAGCAUCCAGGCACCAGAGCCAAGAACCAGAGAUGAGUUCCUCACAUACUGUGUGACCUUGACCCUUGACCCGAACAGCGCACACAGGCGGCUGGCGCUCUCUGAGGGAAACACCAAGGCCACCCUGCAGUCAGCAGCUCAGCCCUACCCCGAGACUCCGCAGCGUUUCGAUGGCUGGACCCAGGUAAUGUGCCAGAGCCCACUGUAUGCUCAGCGCUGUUACUGGGAGGUGGAGUGGAGGGGGCGGGGCUCCUCAAUGGGUGUGGCCUAUGGGGCACUAAACAGAAAGGGCUCAGAUGCCAGAGCUGGGCUUGGCUACAACGCUCAAUCCUGGACCCUGGAGCUGUCUGACACCUGCUGCUCAGCCAUGCACGACAAUGAAAAGAAGGAGAUACCGGUCUUCUACUCCCCUCGUCUGGGAAUCUACCUGGACCUGUCGGCAGGGACGCUGGCCUUCUACAGCGUGGCUGAGAGCAUGACGCACCUCCACACUUUCCGGGCUAAUUUCACUCAACCACUUUAUGCUGCAUUCGGGGUGGGCAGUGGGGUCGGGGUAGGUCUUGACUUUGCUCUUGGUCAGUUCAGCGCAAGUUCAGACAGCAUUAAAAUCUGUUCCAUUUGAGGAGGUUAAACAAGAAAAUGAUUGCAAACAUUUGGAUUCAGUUUCCAUCUUUUGAUUAAUGCACCAUUUAGUUGUACAUCGUAUUUUUGUUACCUGAAUUUAUUUAGUUUUUGUCAUAAAUUAUUUUGAUAUGGUCUCAUUAUAAGUGAAAACAUUUAUGAUGAAAAUUAAUCCACCAAAUUAACAGAUGAUCCCUUGUAAAUGUUUAUAAUUUGAGACCAUCAUGGCAUCUCAAUUUUGUUUGAAUGUUCUUAAUGAUUCAUGUUUUGAAUAACGUAAGAAAUGUUUUAUUAUAAUAAUGACCGUUUUAAAUUCUAAAAUUAAUCAUUGCCUACAUGACUCAGACAUUUCCUCACGUAAAUAUAUAUAUAUAUAUAUAUAUAUAUAUAUAUAUAUAUAUAUUCAAAACACUGGACAGCAAAAUAUUCUUUUGCUGAAAGAGGAAUUAAACAGUUUUAAUUGAGAUGCUAACCUUAUGUUUGUAACUUAUUCUUUUUCGACUGAUCAAUCUUCAACAUUCACACAAAUACAUCCAUUAAAAUCAGUUUAGACUUUGUUUCGGGGAAGAGGAAUGUUCAUGACACAAUUUCCACUCACAACAUCCAGUUCAAGUUAUAAUAAACCACUCAGUCACUCACUUCGUUUCCAUUGCUUUAUUUUAAAAAAAAGAGGCAACUGAAUAAUAGCCAUGAGUAGUUUACAGAGGAUCAGGUUUUCAAAAAGGAGGCAUGAAGAAGUCACAGGGCAUUUUACAAUUCACCAGACUUGAACCUCUUGCCGCAAAUCCCAUCAUCAGAAAGCAAAGGGAUUUUAUUCGAGUUGAUUUCACAACUACAGCUAACCUAAGGUAUGAACAGUCAGAAUGUGCAUUCCCUCUGCUCUAAUCCUCCUACAUGAACCUGAAGCUCUUCAUCGAUUGUUUAAUACAGUAUGUUAUAGCUAAUUCUCACAAAAUGCCUUACAUAAACACAAGUAUGAGCCAGAGAAGCGGAUUUAUUAAAAACAAAAAACAGUUUUAGCUUAAAAUGACUUCCCUUAUGUGGGCUUUUACACAUGGAAAACACAAAACUGCUACAUAUAUUAAACUCUUAUGACCAAAUGUUAGCCAAUAUUAGCAACAGGCACACAUUAUACUAAACUUAGCAUUAAUAUGUUAGAAUUAAUAUACUUCAAAUACUCAUGUCAGUAAAACAAUGGUUAAAAAAAUAAAAGUGCAAUUAUAAUAAUAAUAUUACUAAGUGGGUGAGUCUGGCUGGCUUUACAAGGGAGAGCAGCACUCAUGAUGGAAAGGUCAGGGGUCAACCUAGGGUUCAAGCACACAGAUUUGAGCUUACUAUUAUCUUAACAGGAUAUUUUGGACUUUUAGAUGUGCUCAAUGGCCUUGAGAUCGAGUCAAGACAAAAAAAA